AUGGAACUGCUGCUUUUAGUAGUCCUUGCAACUGAUCACAGACUGAAUCCCAGAAUCUGCCACAGUUACUCUUCGUGUUUCUACUCCUGGCAUCCAACUUGCAGAGAUGUCCCACAGCCAUAUCCUAUCAUUUGUGGUGCUGCAAGAAGAGGGUCCUGGAGCGCCGGCCCUGGCUUCGAGGGCGAGCUGCGCGUCUACGCGGUGCGGAGGCUGCCCGAGCUGCUGACCGAGCGCCAGCUGUCCCUGGGCACCCUCAACAAGGUGUUCGCGUCGCAGUGGCUGAACGCCAGGCAGGUGGUGUGCGGCACCAAGUGUAACACUCUCUUCGUGCUGGAUGUGCAGUCGGGACAGAUCACGCGCAUCCCCCUGUUGCAGGACAGGGGGCCUGGGCCGGCCCGGGCCCAGCCGGGCUGCGGCAUCUACGCCAUCGAGCUCAAUCCUUCCCAGACGCUUCUGGCCACUGGGGGCAAAAACCCCAACAGCCUGGCCAUCUACCAGCUGCCCACCCUGGACCCUGUGUGUCUCGGCGACCGCCACGGCCACAAGGACUGGAUCUUCUCCAUCGCCUGGGUGAGCGACACCGUGGCUGUGAGUGGCUCCCGCGACGGCACCGUGGCGCUGUGGAGGGUGGACUCCGACAUAUUCAAUGGGAGCAUCCCCUGGCACAACGAUGCGGGGUUCCCCGUGUACGCCCACAUCCGUCCGAGGGACAUGAAGUUCAUCCCCAGGGCCAGCACCAACCCCAGUAACCGCAAGGUGCGGGCCCUGGCCUUCAGCGGCAAGAACCAGGAACUGGGAGCGGUGUCCCUGGACGGCUACUUCCACCUGUGGAAAGUCAGGAGCACCCUGUCCAGGCUGCUGUCCAUCAGGCUACCCUACUGCCGAGAGAAUGUGUGCCUUACCUACUGCAACGAGUUGUCCCUGUUUGCGGUGGGCUCCCAGUCCCAUGUCUCCUUCCUGGAUCCUCGCCAGCGCCAGCAGAACAUCCGGCCCCUGUGCUCCCGAUAUGGCGGCACAGGCGUGCGCUCGCUGAGUUUCUACCAGAAUAUCAUCACCGUGGGCACCGGCCAUGGCUCCCUGCUCUUCUAUGACGUCCGCGCCCAGAAGUUCCUGGAGGAGAGGGCCUCGGCCAGCCCGGAUUCCUCUCCAGCGCCGGCAGGGAGGAAGCUCAAGCUCACCUGUGGCAGAGGCUGGCUCAACCGUGAUGACCUCUGGGUGAACUACUUCGAGUUCCCCAAUGCUCUCUACACCCACUGCUACAACUGGCCUGAGAUGAAGCUCUUCGUGGCUGGGGGACCUCUCCCUUCUGGCCUCCAAGGGAACUACGCAGGACUCUGGAGCUAAGGACGGCCGCCUCGUUUUCAAAGUGCACAAAUUUACCUUCUGUUUCUUGUCUUCCUUUUUAAUGCUGCGUUUGUGCUUUUAUCUGUUUUCGUCUUUCAGGUGGAAACGACACAAUUUGCCUAUGGUUCUCUCAGCAGA